AUGAAUAAGGACACCGUAUCGAAAAAAUGGAAUGUUCUCAGAACGCAAGUCACGAACCUUAUCGGAGAAAUUGAACGGACCACUCAAAGGGGAGUUGGUCAGGGUGUUGUAGAAACACUCACGCACCAGUUAAAGGCUUUAGACAGUCUCCUGAAAGAGACCAAUAGCCAGUACGAACAGUUUAUCACUGCCGAAACAGCAGAUGGAGAAUUUGAGAUAUUGGUUGAUUACCAAAUGAAAAUAGCAACCGCGUUCGCAACAUUGGCGCGGGCAGGUAUGCGAGAACCAGCAAGUGUACAAGACCAAGGUGCAAGGAGAGCAGUCAGCACUUCACGAGAGGAAGUAGUCAAAUUACCAAAACUUGAAGUGAUCAGAUUUGAUGGAAACAGAAUGAUGUGGCAGAGAUUUUGGAAUCAGUUCAAGACCACCGUUCACGAUAGACAGGCGAUGUCCAAGACUCACAAGUUCAGCUACCUCUUAAAGUCCUCAACGGGACCCGCUGCAUCUGCAAUUGAAGGAUUACAGGUUUCGGAAGAAAACUACGAGCAUGCAGUACAAAUUCUUACACAGCGAUUUGGACUCCCGUACAAUAUAGUGGACAGUCACAUGGAUUCUCUCAUCCAUAUAAAACCUGUAAUGUCGACAAAUGACAAGGAAGGACUUCGAUAUCUACAUCAGACCGUUGAAGUCAACACUAGAGGGCUGGAGUCUUUGGGCAUAAAACUGGAAUCGUAUGCUACAACGCUGCUACCCAAUCUUCUAAAAAGCAUUCCAAAGCAAGUCGCUGUUGAUUUCAAACUGAAAGAAUAA